AACAGGGCAAAACCCUGACUUCCGGCGGCAUUUUGAGGCGGUCCUCCUAGCGGCCUGGUAGUGUUUUUGUUGCCUUUUCUUGCUCGCCAACGUCUUCAUUCUUCUUCUUCCUGCUUUCCUGUGUCGCUUGAUCCUGGCAAGGCGGCGGGCGGCUUUUGCUUUUUAGCCGCUCCGGGAGCCCCUCGCUAGGCGAGGGCCGGUUCCCGGGAGCCGCGCGUGCACCUCUUUCUCUUCAUCGUAGUCCUCCCGGGGCCAGGCGCGGGGACAGAGUCGCCUUCCCCGCUCCCCGGAACGGAGGCGGCGGUGGCGCCCCCGGAUUGCGCUUGCGAGGGGAGCUCGAGCAGCAGGAAAAUCCUCUGUGAUUUUAUAGUGUUACCUACAGUUUUAUCUGCUUCCAAAUUAUGGACCCAGUUAUUUAAGUCUGAAGAAUUUUACAGUUUUGCCUCUCUGUUUUUUGGUUAAAGUAAUUCAAAAUGUCAAAAAUUAGAAGGAAGGUCACAGUGGAAAAUACCAAGACCAUCUCUGAUAGCACGUCCCGAAGACCUAGUGUAUUUGAGAGGCUUGGACCCAGCACUGGCAGCACAGCAGAGACACAGUGCCGUAACUGGCUGAAGACUGGCAACUGCCUCUAUGGAAACACAUGUAGGUUCAUACAUGGCCCUUCACCUCGUGGUAAAGGUUACAGCAGCAAUUACAGAAGGUCACCAGAAAGACCCACAGGGGAUCUCAGAGAAAGAAUGAAAAACAAGCGCCAAGAUGUGGACAGCGAGCCUCAGAAACGAAAUGCAGAGGAGUCAUCCUCACCUGUUAGGAAAGAAUCUUCAAGAGGGAGACAUAGGGAAAAGGAAGACAUAAAAAUCACUAAGGAGAGAACUCCAGAAAGUGAAGAAGAAAAUGUAGAAUGGGAAACUAAUAGAGAUGAUUCUGACAAUGGAGAUAUUAAUUAUGAUUAUGUUCAUGAGUUAUCACUGGAAAUGAAACGUCAGAAAAUUCAGAGGGAAUUAAUGAAGCUGGAACAAGAAAACAUGGAGAAGAGAGAAGAAAUUAUCAUUAAAAAGGAGGUUUCACCGGAUGUGAUUAGAUCAAAAUUGUCUCCAUCACCUUCUCUAGGAAAGUCUGGUAAAUCUCCAAAGCGGAAAUCAAGUCCCAAGUCAUCUUCUUCAGCUAACAAGAAAGACAGGAAGACAUCUGCAGUAUCUUCUCCCCUGUUGGACCAGCAGAGGAAUUCAAAAAGCAACCAAAGUAAAAAGAAAGGACCACGUACUCCUAGUCCACCUCCUCCGAUACCAGAAGAUAUUGCUCUGGGGAAAAAAUACAAGGAAAAGUAUAAAGUAAAAGAUAGGAUAGAAGAAAAGCCAAGAGAUGGAAAAGACAGAGGACGAGAUUUUGAAAGACAGAGAGAAAAACGAGACAAGCCCAGGUCUACUUCCCCUUCAGGACAUCAUUCUCCUAUAUCUUCUAGACAUCACUCAUCUUCCUCACAAUCAGGAUCCUCUAUCCAAAGACAUUCUCCCUCUCCUCGUCGCAAAAGGACGCCUUCCCCAUCUUACCAGCGGACCCUGACUCCACCUUUACGACGUUCUGCUUCUCCUUAUGCUUCACAUUCUUUGUCCUCUCCUCAGAGAAAGCAGAGUCCCCCAAGACAUCGCUCCCCAAUGCGAGAGAAGGGGAGGCAUGAUCAUGAACGAACUUCGCAGUCUCAUGAUCGGCGUCAUGAAAGGAGAGAAGACACUAGAGGCAAAAGGGAUAGAGAAAAGGAUACAAGAGAAGAACGAGAGUAUGAGCAAGAUCAGAGCUCUUCUAGAGACCACAGGGAAGACAGAGAACCUCGAGAUGGUCGUGAUCGAAGAGAUACCAGAGAGCGAAGGGAACUGAGAGACUCCAGAGACAUUCGGGACUCCAGAGAGAUGAGGGAUUAUGGCCGAGAAACCAAAGAGAGCCGCGAUCCCAGAGAUUCUCGGUCUACUCGAGAUGCCCAUGAGUACAGAGACCGUGAAGGUCGAGAUACGCAUCGAAAAGAGGAUGCAUACCAGGAAGAAUCCCGGAAUUAUGGCAGAAACCAUUUGAGAGAAGAAAGUUCUCGUACUGAGAUAAGGAAUGAUUCUAGAAAUGAGUCUCGAAGUGAAAUUAGGAAUGACCGAAUGGGCAGAAGUAGGGGGAGAGGUCCAGAGUUACCUGAAAAGGGAAGCCGAGGCACAAGAGGUUCUCAAAUUGAUAGUCACAGUAGUAAUAGCAACUAUCAUGACAACUGGGAAACUCGAAGUAGCUAUCCUGAAAGAGACAGAUACCCUGAAAGAGACAACAGAGAUCAAGCAAGGGAUUCUUCUUUUGAGAGAAGACAUGGAGAGAGAGACCGGCGUGACAACCGAGAAAGAGCUCCUAUGUUCUACACCUCCUGCUGCCCCUAUCCUUUGCCACCAGUGUUCUCAGGUCCUGCUGGGGGGACAGAGAAGAUCAGAGAUCAAAGACCAAGCUCACCAAUUCGACAUCAGGGGAGGAAUGACGAGCUUGAGCGUGAUGAAAGAAGAGAGGAACGAAGAGUAGACAGAGUGGAUGAUAGAAGAGAUGACCGGGCUAGAGAGAGAGACCGGGAACGAGAACGAGACAGGGAGCGGGAAAGGGAGCGGGAGCGGGAGCGGGAAAGAGAGAAAGAACGGGAACUGGAAAGAGAGAGAGCCAGGGAACGGGAGAGAGAGAGGGAAAGAGAAAAAGAGAGGGAACGUGAAAGAGACCGAGAGCGUGAACAUGAUCGAGAGAGGGAGCGAGAGAGGGAGCGAGACAGGGAGAAGGAGCGGGAGCGAGAGCGAGAAGAAAGGGAGAGGGAGCGAGAGCGAGAACGGGAGCGAGAGCGAGAACGGGAAAGGGAACGAGAAAGAGCAAGAGAAAGGGACAAAGAGCGAGAACGCCAGAGGGAUUGGGAAGACAAAGACAAGGGACGAGAGGACCGCAGAGAAAAGCGGGAAGAUAUCCGAGAAGAGAGGAAUCCCAGAGAUGGCCAUGAGGAGAGGAAAUCCAAGAAACGCUAUCGAAAUGAAGGAAGCCCUAGCCCACGGCAGUCACCUAAGCGCCGGCGUGAACAUUCUCCCGAUAGUGACACCUACAACAGUGGUGAUGAUAAAAAUGAAAAACAUAGACUCUUGAGUCAGGUUGUACGACCACAAGAAUCGCGUUCUCUCAGUCCAUCACACCUCACGGAAGACAGGCAGGGUAGAUGGAAAGAAGAGGAUCGCAAGCCAGAGAGAAAAGAGAGUUCAAGGCGCUAUGAAGAGCAAGAACUCAAAGAGAAAAUUUCUUCUGUAGAUAAACAGAGAGAACAGAUAGAAGUCCUGGAAAGCUCCAGAACACGUUCUCAGGACAUUAUAGGACAUCACCAGUCUGAAGAUCGAGAUAUAUCUGAUCGAGUUCAUGAUGAAAAUAAGAAAAAAGCCAAAAUUCAGAAGAAACCUAUUAAGAAAAAGAAAGACGAUGAUGUUGGAAUAGAGAGAGGUAACCUAGAGACAGCAUCUGAAGAUGGUCAAGUAUUUUCACCAAAAAAAGGACAGAAGAAGAAAAGUAUUGAAAAGAAGCGUAAAAGAUCCAAAGGUGAUUCUGAUAUUUCUGAUGAAGAAGCCGCCCAGCAAAGUAAGAAGAAAAGAGGCCCACGGACUCCCCCCAUAACAAUUAAAGAGGAGUUGGUUGAACUUUCCACUGAUAAGGAUGGCAUUCUAGAGGAUCCUCAGAAAAAAGAAGAUACAGCUUUCAGUGAUUGGUCUGAUGAGGAUGUGCCUGAUCGUACCGAGGUGACAGAAACAGAGCACACGGCUACCACUGUCACUCCCGGUGGUACCCCCUCUCCCCUGUCCUCUCUUCUUCCUCCUCCACCUCCUAUGGCUACUGCCACUGCGAUGGCUACUCCUGCUCUUGCCCCCACUGCUACUGCCAACACUGCCACCACGAUUUCCACCUCUGCCAAUACCACCAGUACUUUUGCCAAUGAGGAUUCACAUAGAAAAUGCCACAGAACACGAGUGGAAAAAGUUGAGGCGUGUCAUGUUACUAUAGAGGACACCCCACAUCGCAAGCCAGUGGAUCAGAAGAGGAGUAGCAGCCUUGGGAGCAAUCGGAGUAAUCGCAGUCAUACAUCUGGUCGUCUGCGCUCACCAUCCAAUGACUCUGCCCAUCGAAGUGGGGAUGACCAAAGUGGGCGAAAGAGAGUACUGCAUAGUGGCUCAAGGGACAGAGAAAAAACAAAAAGCCUGGAAAUCACAGGAGAGAGAAAAUCGAGGAUUGAUCAGUUAAAGCGUGGAGAGCCCAGUCGAAGUACUUCUUCAGAUCGCCAAGAUUCAAGAAGCCAUAGCUCAAGAAGGAGUUCUCCUGAGUCAGAUCGACAGGUCCACUCAAGGUCCGGGUCAUUUGACAGCAGAGAUAGGCUUCAAGAUCGAGAUCGAUAUGAGCAUGAUAGAGAGCGAGAGAGAGAGAGGAGGGAUACAAGGCAGAGAGAAUGGGAACGGGAUGCCGAGAAAGAUUGGCCACGGAACAGGGAAAGAGAUAGAUUGCGGGAACGAGAAAGAGAAAGAGACAAAAGGAGAGACUUGGACAGGGAAAGAGAGAGACUGGUUCCUGAUUCCAUUGAAAGGGAUAGGGACAGAGACAGAACUUUUGAGAGUUCUUCUCAAAUAGAAUCUGUAAAACGCAGUGAAGCAAAACUGGACAAUGAACAUGAAAGAGAUCCAGACGGUAGUUCACGGGACCCCGUAGCUUUGGAUAAAGAAAGAAUGGAUAAAGACCUGGGAUCUGUGCAGGGAUUCGAAGAUACCAGUAAAGCUGAGAGAACUGAGACUGUUGAAGCAGGAGAAGAUGAGUCCAAGUUAGACGAUGCACAUUCCUUAGGUUCUGGUGCUGGAGAAGGAUACGAGCCAAUCAGUGAUGAUGAACUGGAUGAAAUUCUGGCAGGGGAUGCAGAAAAGAGGGAAGAUCAACAAGAUGAGGAGAAGAUGCCAGAUCCAUUAGAUGUAAUUGAUGUAGACUGGUCUGGUCUUAUGCCAAAGCAUCCAAAAGAACCACGAGAACCUGGGGCUGCACUCCUAAAAUUCACACCUGGAGCUGUUAUGCUGAGAGUUGGAAUUUCUAAAAAGUUGGCGGGUUCUGAACUUUUUACCAAAGUCAAAGAAACAUGCCAGAGACUUUUAGAAAAGCCCAAAGAUGCAGACAAUCUGUUUGAACAUGAAUUGGGGGCUCUCAACAUGGCUGCAUUGUUACGAAAAGAAGAAAGAGCAAGUCUUCUUAGUAAUCUCGGACCGUGCUGUAAAGCUCUGUGCUUCAGACGAGACUCUGCCAUCCGCAAGCAGCUGGUUAAAAAUGAGAAGGGUACUGUAAAACAAGCUUACACAAAUGCUCCAAUGGUAGACAACGAAUUAUUACGAUUGAGUCUUAGAUUAUUUAAACGGAAGACUGCUUGCCAUGCCCCAGGACAUGAAAAGACUGAAGAUAAUAAACUGUCACAGCCCAACAUCCAACAGGAACUGUGUGUAUCUUAAGACUGAAAUUCAGUAUAUUUUUGGUACUACCCUCCUGCAGCAGUGCUCAUUACUUUUCAGAGUUCUUUGAUUUGACAAACUUUGUUGUGACAAAGGCAAAGAAGAUUUAUCAGCCGUGCUAAAAGAGGGAAGAAAUUUGAUCUCUAGAGACUCUAGUUUUGGCUAACUUGGAAUUUUACAUUAAUUUUUACACAGUACUUGCUACUUAUGAAAAAUAAUGUGAAAGCAUCUGGAUUUAGUGGUCUAUUCUGUAUGUUGUGUUAACACUGAAGAUUUUGGACAAAGGUUGUCACUGCUCUUCCAGCCUAUUAAUGUUUUUUAUGAAAUGGAGCCACUGAUUUAUGUUCUGGAUCAUCUAUACAAAAACUGCAUUUUAUUCAUAAACAAUGUAUUCAUCACCGUAAUUGCACAUAUUGUGCAAUACCAUGUUGUACAGAACAUUUGAAAGGGAAUACUGGGCCAGCAUGGUAUGUCUGUAGGCUAAUCUCCAGCAGGAGGGAGCCAAGAUACUUUUUCCUUUUGAAAAUUCUAAAAAUAUUAUUUCAUGAGUCUUUGCUUUUUAAAAUAUGUAUGCGUUGUUACAGUAUAUAUUGAAUGCCUUUGGACCCUAAACGUUUGUUUGUUAUCAGAGACUGUACUAUUUUUAUUUUUAAUAAAUGUACCUUCCCUUCCUUGUUCAAGAUUUAC